AGAAACAUUUCUUCGAUCGGCUGCGUCAGAUGCCCUCCAACUUAUCCUCUUGAUCUGAUCACACAUACCUCUACCUUCGUAUUCCCCCAAGUCAACGCCUUCUACUCCUACAUAUCUAUAUUCUCCUCCCUCCGUAUCAAAAAACGCGUGGGAGAAGAGAUCGAACGUUCCUUACGUAGUGACAUCUCCUUAUGACACGACUCUUCAUACUCCCUGCCAUUUUUGGCAUUUCAUCCUUAUCACUAUGGUAUAUGAUAUGCUCUGCUCCCGGUUGGCCAGAAUCAGAGGGAGGAGUAUUCGAAAUCCCGAAACAGUUCGACAAUUUCACAGUGUUAGCUGACAAAUUUCGAGCAUAUAAAGAAGAUCAUUUUGGGUAUAUUACGACACUUUUCAUCUGUGCGUACCUUUACAAACAGACAUUUGCCAUCCCCGGAUCGUUCUUAUUGAAUGUGAUUGCCGGAGUUGUGUACGAUUUGUGGUCGGGAUUCAUCCUUUGCUGUUGCCUAACGACCCUCGGAAGUACGCUCUGCUACAUGUUCUCAGAACUAUUUGGAAGAGAAUACGUGUUUUACUACUUUGGACAAAAAUUAACAUAUCUUCAACAAAAAAUCGACGACAAUUCGAAUCGGUUAUUACCGUUUUUAUUAUUUGCUCGAAUGUUUCCUAUUUCACCAUCAUGGCUUCUUAACAUCGUCGCUCCUUUCCUCAACAUUCCACUUCCAAUAUUCGUCGUCUCAGCACUUUUUGGUCUGGCGCCGUACAAUUUCAUUUGUGUUCAAGCAGGGUACAUUUUAAGAGAUUUGCGGUCUUGGGACGAUGUGUUCAGCACGACAACAAUGCUGAAACUUUUUUCAUUUGCAUUGAUACCACUCGCCUACGCAAUCUACAUUCGCCCUCGUGCCAAUAAACACCAGUUGGUAUCAAGCUCCGACGAGAUGGACGAGAAAGUCAAAAAGAUGGAAAUUGUAUAACCCAUAUAUCUGAAUAGCUCAACCCAAAAUCAGCGCCAUUUCGUGCCUUCAAUCCGUACGACUACAUAUCACCUCUUGCCAUGCCACGUCAUUCAUUUUCUCACUCGUCUCUCUCACCCGAUCGAAAUCAUAAUAUCUAGGUGCUUCUCCGAUCCCAAAAAAUAAUGCUUCGGUUAUGAACAGAUUCCGAUGAAACCUUCCCACUUGACGUUCUUGAAUAGCCCCCUUUUCCCGUCUGAUUCUUUUGUUAAUUCCAUUCAUAUUCAGAGUCUUGCAGUUUCAAUCCGAUUCUAUUUUCAAACACACCGGUGUCGAAAUCGAAACUUUUCUUCCUAAUCCCGAUUCAUUUUUUUCUGUAUAUUUAUUGUUAUCUGUUCAUUUUUGUUCAAUCCUUCAGCUUGCUCAGGCUCUUCUGUUCACUUUUACUCUGAAUCUUCACUCAAAAAUGCCUUCUCUUCCUCAACAAAAGUGCUCAAAAAGUUCAAAAUGUGUAUGUUUUUCUUACCAACAUCAUCAUCAACCCCUUUUUUCUAUACGUGAUCAUAGGAUAUUGUCGAUUUCUUUAUUAAUAUAGAAGACAAGAAAAUUUGACAAAAAAUCAUAAAAUAAAAAUCUGAAAAUAUAUAUUAUGUUAA